CCUCGCCCACCUUCGCUCCUGCACAGCUUCUCGUUUGCUGACAAACGUCUGCAACUACUACCAUAACGGCCGUGGUGGGAGAUGAUCGAAGACUACGUUUUCAUGCACUGCAACGACGAGCCAGGUCCGGAUAAACCCUCGCUGCCUGAUGGCGGGUUCCAGUUGGAUGACGAAGGCCACCCAUACUCACGGAAGAAUUGGAGGAGAUGGUGGUGGCGGCGUCGCUGACACCGACGUGACAGAGUUGUAUGGCCUACCGGACGUGGUAUACGGCGAAGACCUCGGCGCACGUGAAGCAGCGAAGGUCCUCUCGAGUUUGGGCAGUUCAUCAGGCUCCGACUCGGAGGUAAGCGAUGCAGACCUCGAUCUGGUCGCCAGCAGUGCAGAUCGACCGCCUGCAUACGACGUCUAUCAUCGUACGGUCUGUGCUUGGCUGAGGGGUAGCAAGAAAGCGAAGUACAACGAACGGAGCCAUAUGCGAUUGGUGAUGAGGACAGUAGGUCGUCCUCUGUCGAGCUUCAAGUCGACAAAGGAAUCGUCAGACCCUUCGAGAUGCAUUCACGGACAUCGCCAGGCAUAUCUUGCAGGCACGAUUCAUCGUGACAUCAGCGAGGGAAACGUCAUGAUUGUCGAUGAUUGGAUGUGUUUCUUCGUUGGUUUUCUGCUCGACCUGGACUAUGGCUUCGAUUGGAAAGCAGCGCUGGAACACGCAGGCAGGCCGGUCGAUGAGGCAAGUUGGAAGGAGUUCGUCGAGGCAUACAACAAGAGCCUGCCUCACCUUGAGCGGCUCGCGCUGCCUGAAUUGGAAAUUCCCAUCCUUGGCCCUGGCAAAGAAGCUGACUCGGAACAGGACAAUAAGACGAGACGGGAGAAAUGGGAAGCAAGAAUGAGGAUGAAGGAGAGAACGGGCACACUCUACUUCAUGGCCAUCGAAAUACUGCUGACGUUUGUCGCGCACGAUGUCAACCACGACCUCGAGUCUUUUUUUUGGCUCUUACUUUGGGCGGUUCUGCGCUACACGCGCCACACACACCAUUCGUCCUGCCAGCUAUUUCUUUCGGUCUUCGACGCACAAGAUGCAACGUCUAGCGCGGCAAAGAAGUCUUUGUUUCUAAAUCGACCCAUGUUUUGGGAAAUCAGGGACAACAAACCGCUGACCACCCUCAUUCGCAAGUUCAAGACCCUCUGUCACAGGGCCCAGCCUGGCGAUUCCUUGGAUAUCAUCCCUCUGACGUACGAGAGUGUCUUGGCUUUGUUCGACGAGGCUCUUGCGGAUCCAUCCUGGCCGGAGAAUGACCCUGCCUUGCCAUUCAAGCUUCCGAAAGAUGACGACACCUCAAAAUCGAAGCAUGGGUCUGCCGCCGAUGAGUCCGGGUCGUCCGGCACAUCGAGUGGGACCAGGAAACGCACCCGGGACGCGGAGCAGAGGAAAGGCGCGAACAAUGUCAGGCCUGAUCCAUGGGCAAUGCCUCCGCCUGCUCCCAAGAGGGUGCAGACAGGUCGUCCUAGCCCCUUGCGCUUCGAACCGGAUCGGACAUGGAGGGAACUAGUCGAGCACUAUCUUCAAGCCUGA